AUGGGUUGUUGUUCAUCGGACUGCUUUGUUUACUUCGUCCUCUCCGUUGCACUAGCUUUCAUGGCCGUCUCCACCACUCUACGUUCACCUCCAGAUUCCGACUUGACAAAACCAAACAGACCCAUUACUCAUCCUCUCUCCUUAAACGCCUCGAAUGCUCUAAGCAGAUCAAAUUUCAAAGCAAUCGCCACUCUCCUCCACAUAUCCCCCGAGAUCUUCCUCUCUUCAUCUCCCAACACAACCAUUUUCGCCAUGGACGAUUCUUCCUUGUUCAACACGUCAUCGCUUCCUCCUCUGUUUCUCAAACAGCUUCUUCAGUAUCACACACUCCCUCUAAAGCUUCCGAUGAACGAACUUCUCAAGAUUCCUCAAGGAACCUGUCUCCCCACGCUUCUCCGUCACAAGAACGUCGAGAUCUCCACCGUCGAUAAAGAAUCAAGAACAGCAGAAGUGAACCAUGCCCUGAUUUCGCAUCCCGACAUGUUUCUUGGAGAUUCAUUAGUUAUUCACGGAGUUCUUGGACCCUUCUCUCCUCUGCAACCUCAUUAUAUCCUCCAGCCAUCUUUGUGUCAAUCUGAUUCAAACACAACCAGAGAAGAAGAACAAGUUACGGUCAAGAUAGAUUGGACUCGGAUUGUUCAGCUGCUAAGUUCAAAUGGGUUUGUGCCAUUUGCCAUUGGAUUGCACUCUGUUCUCAAUAGGAUUGUUGCAGAUCAAGACAAGAACUUGACCGGCGUAACGAUUCUAGCUACACCGAAUCUGGUCUCUUUAUCAUCUGCUUCCCCUUUGCUCUAUGAGACUAUGAGACGUCACAUUCUAGUCCAACGGCUUACCAACGAAGAUAUUGCAUCGAUGCCUGAUAAAACCUCACUCAAGACAUUGGAUCCUUACCAAGAUCUCAUAAUCACACGGAGAAAUGUUGUUAAUUCGUCUCGAGUUUUCAUGAUUUCGGGAGUUGAGAUUGUAGCUCCAGAUAUGUUCUCUUCUUCCAGCUUUGUAAUUCAUGGGAUAUCACACACUCUAGAGAUCCCACGGUCAUAA